AUGGCUACCGUAUUCAAAUCGCUGUCAAAGGGCAGUGCCACGAAGCCGGAUUCAUCGGCCAAUGGAGCCAAGAAGAACAAGCAGAGAGUUCUCAUCCUCUCAUCAAGAGGUGUCACCUACAGACACCGACACCUCUUGAACGAUCUAGCGUCAAUGCUUCCUCACGGCAGAAAAGAUGCGAAGUUCGACUCGAAGUCCAAGCUGUAUCAGCUAAAUGAACUCGCCGAACUCUACAACUGCAACAAUGUACUCUUCUUCGAGGCACGGAAAGGAAAGGAUCUCUAUGUUUGGUUAAGCAAAGUCCCUAACGGCCCUACUGUAAAGAUGCACCUUCAGAACCUACACACAAUGGAGGAGCUUCAUUUCACGGGCAAUUGCCUAAAGGGAUCACGACCCAUCCUAUCCUUCGAUUCUGCGUUCGACAAAGAGCCACACCUGCGAGUGAUCAAGGAGCUCUUCCUCCACACCUUCGGUGUGCCUCAAGGCGCGCGGAAGUCAAAGCCAUUCAUAGACCAUGUUCUUGGUUUUACAGUCGCCGACGGAAAGAUUUGGAUUCGGAAUUACCAAAUCAACGAGGUGGAGAAGCCCAAGGGAGAGGGUGAAGAUGAGGAGCGACGGAAGCACUCAAAGUCGGGCAAGCCGGAGACAGACAUCAACCUCGUGGAGAUCGGACCUCGAUUCGUUCUCACACCGAUCAUCAUCCAGGAGGGCUCCUUUGGUGGACCGAUUAUCUAUGAAAACAGGCAAUUCGUCUCACCGAACCAGAUCAGAGCCGAUCUACGGAGACAGAAGUCAACCAGGCAUAAUGCUAGAGCAGAGCAGCAGGUGGAGAGGUUGGCAAAGAGAGGAGAUCUUGGCUUGCGAACAAACGGUGGGCGGGUGAUCGAGGAGGACGCGCUGGCUAAAAAGAAGCUCUUUGCUUGA